AAUAAUGUUUGGUUCCGUAGAGUGGUACAGAGUCCAAGUUGUUAGAGUACCUCGCAACCUGCUCCUUCCCCAUUAACCGCGAAUAUCAGCCAUUCUCUCUCUCUCUCUCUCUCUCUCUCUCUCUCAUGCAACUGCACGAACUUCAAGGCUCUUUUCUACUGUCUCUCUGCACACACUUUUUCAUACCUCACUUUAUUUUAUUUUCUCUCUCACUCUACUCGCUUCAUUCUCAACUACUACAUUUCCAGCAACAUUAUUACCUCAUCUCCUUCUCUCCUCUUUCAUCAUCAUGCCACUGCUACUCUAACACUUACUAGAUUCUCUUUUCUCUCUUCUGCCUUGAUUAUAAGUGGAAGUUUGUGUGCUUAAUCACCUGCUGAAGUUGCUCACAUACAACAUUGGCAAGUCAAUUAGCAGUUGCAAACAAUGAUGAGCAGAAAAAGGCAUCUAAAUCAAUCCAAGAAUCCAUUCAAUGCUCACCCUUUUGAAGCAGUUAACUCUAGAUCAUGGCAUCCUGUGGAGUUCAUAAAAGUCAAUUCAGGAACUAUAACCAUGCAUUUCAUAGAUAAUCACCAUAUGGUUAUGGACAAAGGUACCUUAUCAGACAUUCGAAUAAGGUCAAGGAAAGCUAUUAUAUCUGAUUGCUCUUGUUUUUUACGUCCUGGAAUCGACAUAUGCGUGCUUUCAGCCCCUCGUCGUCGAGCCAAUGAUUCACUUGGUUUAAAUAUUGAACCUGUUUGGGUUGAUGCUAGAAUAAGUUCUAUACAAAGGAAGCCGCAUGAAUCCGAGUGCACGUGUCAGUUUUUCGUCAACAUCUAUGUUGAUCAAGGUUCACUUGGCUUAGAGAUGAGAACUCUUGAUAAGGAGAUCAAAGUAUAUGGACUCAAUCAGAUCUCAAUCCUCCAAAGAAUUGAACAUAAUCCUUGUGAAAAUAAGCAUUACCGGUGGGCUUCAUCCGAAGACUGUACUUCAUUACCGCACACUAAAUUGCUUUUGGGAAAAUUUUUAUCCGAUAUUUCAUGGUUAGUUGCUGCAUCAGUUAUCAAGAAGGUUUCGUUCUGUGUAAGAUCUGUUGAAAACAAGAUGGUGUAUCAACUUUCGGGAGGUCGUACUACUAGCUCAUCAUCAAGCACAGAGUCUCAAAUUGAUGUUGUGAGUUUCAAACUAGACAAUGGCUCGUUUGUACCCUUUGUUUCUCAAGUUGCUAUAGCUAGCUCGACCAAGAGAGACGACCGUGCACUUGAAUCCUGUGCGGAUGAAGCAUCGUCAUCUUUUAAUGUUGACGGCUUACGACGUUCCAAACGCCGACAUGUACAGCCUGAGCGUUACCUUGGUUGCGAAGUUAAAGCGUUGGAUGUUGGUUCCUUUAGAAACAGGCCUCCGGUUAGAAUAGAUACAAGCAAAGAAGACGAAAUGUUGUUGCCGUUAUCCUGCUUGUUUCGUUUGCAACAAUACAGUCUAGAAAAGGAUGCUGCUCACAAACGUCAGAAGACCAACAAACCGAAUGCGUGCCGGGAGCUUUUAGUGUACAAUAGAAGGUCUAAAACACGAGAGGUGAAGUCUCGUGAUGUUGAUCAAAAUGAACAUAAUCCACUCGCCAUCAUUCCUCUUCCCGAUCACGUUGAUGAUCCAAUAGCUGUUGAACAUUGUGGUGUAAAUGACAAGGUUACUAGAAGUUACGAACACGAGUCUACUGAAAUUUCUUCGAAAUAUUGUCAUCUGAUUAAUAGUCCAAAACCAAAGAGCAAAAACAUUCCUUUGUUAGAUUUUCCUGUGAAGUCAGACAAUGCUGAAAGGAGCGGCGAUGUUUCUUCAAGAUGUCCAUAUAGUUAUGGCUCCCCUAAGUUACAAAAGAAAAGUUUAGGCGGCAUUGAGGAUAUGGAUCUUGGAAAUAGAUGGGAAGGGAUAAAAAUAAAAGCAAAAAGAGGGUUUCGGGAGGGGAAAUACCGUUCGACGUAUUUGAGAAAUCGAAACAAUGGCGAAGGAAGAACUUACAAUUAUAAAGACAGAACUUUGAAUGCAGCUGCAUACAAGGAUUUGAUAAAUUCGUACUUAUCGAAUAUUAAUACAAUGCCAGUCAAAGAAGAACCGCCUAUUACUGAUCAGUGGAAGGAAUGCAACACAACAAGCAGUUUUGGACAAAAUCAGGAAACCGAGAAUUGCCAUGAUGAGGAUGAGGAGAAAAGAGCUGAAGAAGAAACGUUGUGGAAGGAACUGGAAGUGUCACUUGCAUCAAGUUAUUUUGACGACAAUGAGGUUUCUACCGAGACUCUGGAAAAAUCGAAAGAAGUUUGUGAACAUGAAAAUAGAUUGGAUGAAGAAAUUGGAAUAUACUGCCUUAAAUGUGGCUUUGUGACCACCGAAAUCAGAUAUAUCGAUCCACCCUUUGUUGAAAAUUCAGUGUGGCGCCAAGAGGAGAAGCAGUAUGAGGUAGAAAAUAAAGAGGCCACGAAAGUUGAUGAAGACGAUGAUUUCCAUUUUUUCCCGACCGACGCUUCUCCGGACGAACCAAUAUCUGAAGAGAACGACAGCGUUUGGUCAUUAAUUCCUGAACUCAGACAUAAGUUACAUGUGCACCAAAAGAAAGCUUUUGAGUUUCUUUGGCAGAAUGUUGCAGGGUCUACAAAUCCGGGACUAAUCGAAUCACAAUCCAAAAAUACAGGUGGCUGCGUGAUAUCUCAUACUCCUGGAGCCGGAAAAACUUUUCUCAUCAUCGCUUUUCUUGUUAGCUACUUGAAGUUAUUUCCUGGGAAAAGACCUCUAGUUCUUGCUCCGAAAACUACGCUCUAUACUUGGUAUAAAGAAUUUAUCAAGUGGGAGAUUCCUAUACCGGUGUAUUUGAUUCACGGUCGGAGAACCUAUAGGGUAUUCAGGCAGAACUCAGUGGCGGUUCUUCCCGGAGUUCCCAAGCCUACAGAUGAUGUCAAGCAUGUUUUGGAUUGCCUCGAGAAGAUACAAAAAUGGCAUUCACAACCUAGUGUUCUAAUCAUGGGUUACACUUCAUUUUUAACGUUGAUGCGAGAGAAUUCGAAGUUUGCACAUAGAAAGUUUAUGGCUAAAGUGUUGAGGGAAAGUCCUGGACUGCUUGUACUCGAUGAAGGUCACAAUCCGAGAAGCACAAAAUCGAGGUUGAGAAAAGUUUUGAUGAAAGUACAGACGGAAUUGAGAAUAUUACUUUCCGGUACUUUGUUUCAAAAUAAUUUCUGUGAAUACUUCAACACUCUCUGCUUGGCAAGACCCAAGUUUGCUCAUGAAGUAUUGAAAUUUUUAGACCCGAAAUACCGGAGGAAAAGGAAAGGAGCAGAAAGAAAAGGAGCGGAAAAGGCGCAAUAUUUAAUCGAGGCACGAGCUAGAAAAUUCUUCUUAGAUAAAAUUGCAAAGAAAAUUGACUCAAAUGAUAGUGAUGAAAGGAUGCAAGGUCUAAACAUGUUGAGAAAUGUGACAAACGGUUUCAUUGAUGUUUAUGAAGGUGGAAGUUCCGACGGUUUACCUGGUUUACAAAUUUAUACAUUGCUAAUGAAUACAACUGAUAUACAGCAUGAGAUUCUGAAGAAACUUCACAGUGACAUGUCAAAGUGUAGCGGAUACCCUCUCGAGUUAGAGCUUUUAAUAACUCUUGGAUCGAUACAUCCUUGGUUGGUCAAAACAGCGGUAUGUGCUCAAAAGUUUUUAACAAAGGAGCAAUUGAGCGAUCUUGAUAAAUACAAGUUUGAUUUGAAAAUAGGGUCAAAAGUAAGAUUUGUUUUGAGCCUUAUUUACCGCGUCGUCAAGAAGGAGAAAGUUCUUAUCUUUUGCCACAACAUUGCUCCUGUAAGAUUAUUUCAAGAAUAUUUUGAGAAGUACUUUGGAUGGCAAAAGGGUCGCGAAGUUUUAGUACUAACAGGUGAACUCGAGCUCUUCGAACGUGGAAGAGUGAUGGAUAAGUUCGAGGAGCCCGGUGGUGUAUCGAAGAUACUCCUUGCUUCAAUUACAGCUUGUGCUGAAGGCAUUAGUUUGACAGCGGCUUCUCGAGUGAUCAUGUUGGACUCGGAGUGGAACCCUUCAAAAACAAAGCAAGCUAUUGCACGCGCCUUUCGUCCGGGUCAGCAAAAAAUGGUUUAUGUGUAUCAGCUGUUGGUGACGGGUUCGGUGUCGAGCAUGAUUUUCAGCGAGGCGUUUGUCGAGGACCCUUCUCGUUGGCAAGCUGAGAAGAUUGAAGAUGAUAUACUGCGCGAAAUGGUUGAGGAGGACAAGUCUAAAUCGUUCCAUAUGAUCAUGAAGAAUGAAAAAGCUUCAACAAACAAUCAACAAACAAAUGAAAGCACUGGACUAUCUGAAGCUUAGAAUUUCCACGGAGCAUCAAUAAAGGAUCCAAGCCCACUUCUCAACAAGUUUCUUUGUGGAGAGCCCAAUAUGUUUUUUUUAAUUUAACAUAACAAGUUGGAUUUGACCAAAAAAUAAAACAUAAGAAGUUGGUGGACUUUUUUACCCAAAAAAAUUGCUGGUGGAUUUGGUUGGGGCAACAUCUAAUUAUGCAAUACAGAUAAAUUAUGGUGGAUUCGGUAGUGUAAAACUACCGGGAAUUAGUAUCCGGUAAAAGUCGAAAAAUUGGAAGGUUGGAUGAACAUUGACCUAAAUUUUGGAAUUUUAUUGGAUUUUGAACUUAAGAGUUUUACUGAAGUGAGAUGGUUAAGGAUGGAAAAUCCAACAUGAUCACUUGUCCUAAAGAAUAUAAAUAGGAAUGAUGCCUUGCAAGUUGAGUUAUAGUGAUGCUACCAAAACAAAAAAAUUUAUCAAUUUUUGGUCUUAUUUUUAAAUGAAAUUCUUCCUCGUUUUUUUAACUAAGAAAAGUGUAGAAAUCACAUUAUUAGAAGAAAUGCAGAAAUCACAUUAUUAGAAGAAAUACAGAAAAGAAAAAAAAAUUGAUAAACAAAUUAGGCAUGAUUGAUAUCCCAACUUGAGGGAGUGUGUUGAAAUAUCUUAUCACUAUUAGAACUA